AUGCUGCCGCGGCGCCUGCGUGCGGGAAGUUCAGUCUUUCCGGAAGAUAUCGCAAAGGGGCAAACGCCGCGGAACACCACCCGGUCCCGGUGCUUCUCGCUGAGCAACUACUGCGUGGAGAACCCCGAUGCUGACAAAGUCGGAUGCCGGCCAGCGAUUGGGUUGCCGCCGGGGUGUCGCGCUCGCGCUGACCUGCUUCGGGACCUGGCGAUUGUGGCGGUGCACCAUGCGAGGAUGCUUGCGAAUGCGGCGUCUGUGGGUCAUACGGAAAAUGUGACAGGUCCUGCAAAGCCGAACCAACGAAGGGACACCGCCGACCUUUGGAAAGGUGACUAUACCGAGGAAGAAUUUCGACACGGACACGCGAAGUUGGGGCAUGCCAAGAACAACCUGUGCGGUGGGUUCCGGUGCACGCUAGACUACGAGCCACGGCUACCGAUAAAGCCGAUCUUUGCCCUUCCUCCGGGGGCCGGACCAGUCCCAAAAAAACGUGGGGCUGGCUUCAGCAACUCGGGCCCACUGUUUCCCGACGGGAAGCGCAUAUAUAGCUGCGACGACGCCUCUCACCUAAACCUGGCCGAUUCGUGGUUCUACAAUUGGCACUCGCACCCAGACUGUGGAAAGGGCAACACCUGCAGCGAACCGAUGUGCGGGGGCAGGGCGCGCGCGGCAGAAUACGUUCCGAUCAUCAAGGGCUCCAAAGACUGCAAGCCAUCGUGCAAGGCAGGUCUCGACCCCAACUACAAGCAGAUAUGGCGCGACUCUGGUGUGCGCCACCUCGGCGGGUUCAACGAGCCAGAUCUGCACGACAAGCUCCCUGCCAAGAGGGCAGCGGAGCUCUGGGUGCAAGUGCAAGAGAUUGCAGAGGAGUUCGACCCUCCGUUGGUGCUCUUUUCGCCGCAGCUGUGUGUUCGCUACUUCGAUGGCAAUCCAUCACCCUGGCUAACACAUUUCCUGGGCAACUGCAGCGUCAUCGAGGGCUGCGACCCGGACAAAAUUAAGUACAUCGGCUACCACUACUACUCAAACUCUAGGGAGGAAGUGUUCACCGAACUGGCCGAUCGAAUCGCACGUUUCUACGAAUCAUUUGGCAAGAAGCUGUGGAUCACCGAGAUGGCAGUCGGUUUUGCCAAACAAGGCCGGCAGGUCCAGGACGAAUGGAUGUCCAAGACGCUGCUGGCGCUCGAGACGGACGACAGGGUGUUUCGGUACACGUGGUUUGCGACACGCAACCCGGUGCACGACUUCGUGCGAGAAAGCAGUCUGUUUGUUCCCGGCACCGAGAACCUUACCAGCACCGGCAAGCUGUAUGCACAGGACUGGGACAUCAUUGCCAAGCAUGCGGGCUUGAUCCCCGCAAAUGUGUCGCACAACCUCCCGGAGAAGGCCACCGCCGCAUGCGAGUCGCGAGACCUCUCAGGAAUGACAUCAUUUGGGAUGGAGGCAAUGGACGCAGUGCAAUCGUGGUUCUCCCCCAUCUGGAACCGCCUCUACCUUUAA